GUGGUGGGCCGCACCGGCUAGCGGCGUCAGUCACAUACACAAACGGGUGCAGUGCGAUGCGGUCGAAGGCGAGCCCGCUGCUCAGGUGACCAGCGGCCAGCGUGGCCUGUGACUGGUGCCGCUAGCGGGGAAGCGGCCUGCCACGUACCCGUCCGUGGAACCUGCCGGCGAGCGGCGCCCGGCUGGGCACUGGUACAGGUACGGUCAGUGGAGGACAGCCGAGGUCAGGGACUGACUGCACGGCACCUCGUGCCCCGCCAACCCAACCAGACCGACUUCACAGCAAAGCCGGCAGUGAGAGCUGCACCUCGCGCGCACCCCCAGCGUUUCCCUGGACGGCCGACGGUCGAUGUUUGUGGUGAACCGGGAGAAGUCCUUCAGGAUGCUGGGCGACCUGCCGCCACUCACCAACGGCCUGCACGUUCAUGAAGAGAUCGUCGUUAGCACCGACCGCAGCAAGCUUGGCGAGGCCAAUUCGACCCUGCCGGUGGGUCGCGUGCUGCCGCCGCUGCGCGGGGCGCCACGCAUAUCGCCGUCGCUCAGUCAGGAGGAGGGGGAGCCUCGCCUGCACAGUGGCCUGCUCCAGCUGCGGGACGCUGCUGACCUGCAGUCGGUCAACUCGUCCUCCGACCUCCGCCCGCAGACCGGCCAGAGAACAAAUGAAAGACCGUUAACUGGCGCUGGUACCACCGUCACCGAAGAUGGAAAAGGCUGCAGCCCAUUAUCCAAGCUGUUCAGCAGAUUCAGGAAGUCUCAAACUCCCACCGCUCACGAGGCUGUGAGUCUGGACAGCCCCAAGGAGCCCAAGGAGGAGCCGGAUGAUGAGAGCCGGCCAGAGGGCGCCACAUUUCGCGCAGGUCUGCCCAGCGGCUCGCCAGAGCGGCUGGUGGCCUCUCCGGCGCCGGCUGAGCAGGGUCCACGCAGCCUGUCACCGGUACCCGAGCCGGAACCGCCGCAGCAGUCCAAAACGUGCAUAAUACUGUGAGCUUCGGGAAGAACUGUCCAAGUGCCGACGACUUCUGCGGUCCAGCUUUCACCGAGCAAGUGCCUAAGAGAGCUUCUGAGCCGCGUCGACUCCGGCGUGUUCAGGAAAACCCAAGGCAGAAAAUUCCGAAGUGAGCGAGAGUACGGGCAGACGCCAGUAGCCGACUAGAAUCGGCUCCAGCCGGUGUGUAUUCUCGCACUGGUGUCACCCGCAGAACGCGUGAAUGCGUCGUCAUCGGUGUCAAGUGUUGACACGGGGCCAGUGGGGAUAUGCAAGAGUCUGACAUGUACCGUCACGCGUGACGCACCGUACUUUGUGAUAACAAGUGGCACAGAUCGGGCGUGACGGCAGUGUUUGUUGCCAGUGCGGCCCAGCCCCGAGCCUUGGCUAAACCUGACCGCAAACUGCGGCGCGGAAUAAUCCCGCUUCUGGGGUUGCCGAGCUGCCCACAAGCGUUCGGACUGAUAAUUCUGGAAUCAUCGGGUCCGUUGCAUUGGGGGAUAGGAAAACCCACACCAUAGUCCACGUGUCAGACUUAGACGGCCAGCCCUCAUGUUGGCAUGCCUAUCAUGGCAUGUAGGGGCAAUGGUGUCAUGUGAUUGUACUUCAUGACCGAGCCUUGGUGGUUUGCUAGAUUGAUGGUUUGAUUAUGCCUAGAACGACAUGGACCGCGUGACCACCGACCAUGGACAGCUGCUAACCUGUAGAUGAGAGACGUGGACCUGCUGGCAUUGAUAGCUGCUCCUGACGUCUGUCGGGCUAGCUGCAAUGUCCUGGUCCCUUGAUCAAGGACCCUGCAUGAUUUAUCUUUCGUCGUCGUGG